AUCCCUUUUUUCCAACAACUGACGGGCAUCAAUGUUAUCAUGUUCUAUGCACCUGUGCUAUUCAAGACCAUUGGAUUUGAAGAUGAUGCCUCUCUUAUGUCUGCUGUCAUUACUGGCCUUGUUAAUGUCUUUGCCACCUAUGUUUCCAUCGUGACAGUGGAUAGGUUUGGAAGGAAGAUGCUUUUUCUACAAGGUGGAAUUCAAAUGCUCAUUUGUCAAAUAGUUGUUGGAACAAUGAUAGCCAUCAUGUUCGGAACAAGCGGAGCGGCUGAUGUGUCUAUGGGCUAUGCUCCUUGGGUAGUGGUCUUCAUUUGCAUAUAUGUAGCUGGAUUUGCAUGGUCUUGGGGGCCUUUAGGGUGGCUUGUACCGAGUGAAAUAUUCUCUCUAGAGAUUCGAUCUGCUGGACAAAGUAUCACGGUGUCUGUGAAUAUGUUCUUCACCUUUAUUAUUGGGCAAAUAUUCCUUACGAUGUUAUGCCACAUGAAGUUUGGCCUUUUCUACUUCUUUGGUGGAUGGGUGGUGAUCAUGACCAUUUUCAUUGCGCUCUUCUUGCCGGAGACCAAAAAUGUGCCUAUAGAGGAGAUGAUCCUUGUGUGGAAGCGUCAUUGGUUUUGGGGCAAGUUCAUCAGCGAUGAUGAUGUUCAUGUUGCUAAUGACAUGGUUACUAUAGCAUAA